GGCGCGGCUCUUCAAAACGGUUGUAUUUCUCUCGCUGUUUGUUUCAGAGACGUGGCUUAUAUAAAGGCUUGCACGCGCAACAGCACGAGUAGUCUAUUCGAGAGCUUGAACAUUAUCCCACAACGUUUUCCUGAGGACCGCCGGCGCGACAAAAACUGCCAGUGGCUCGAGGUGUUCCGUGGUUCCGCAAAGUGAUCUGCAAUUUCAAAACGUCGGAAGAAUGACUCACAAGCGAGUCAGCAGUACCUCCGGUCUGUCAAAGAAGAAAGCGAAGAGGACAAAUCACGUUGAGCGCCAAAAAGAGGACACGGUGCCCGUCAAGAAGACCGAAGCAAGCAUGAGUGAAACUGAAGAUAUAUUGAGGGAGAUGUUGAACGCAUUCGAUGAGCAAAUUCAACAGAAGGAGGAGUGCCUCACAAGCAUUCAAAAGAUACUACAGGACAGCUCUGUCGAUCAAGCAGCUGAAAACUUCAUGAGGUUUGCGAUGAAUUACGUGGAGGAGAAGAGGAAUAGGUCCUUAGAGCUGGUGUAUGAAAUCAACGGAGCUCUUCGGCGCAUCGCAGAGACCGACUAGCAUCGAGAGCUCAUCGAGGAGACGACGACAGCAGGCUGCCUGUAAUACACUCAGUUAAAUGAAUAAAUAGU